UUGUGGCGAGAUCUAACUAAAAUUCAGCUCAAUGCAUCUUUAAGGAAAACUCAAUUUUUAGUUGUUCAGAUUAAAAUUCAAUCUCCAUUAUCAUUAUAAUUCAAGCUACAUAUAACCCUAACUUCAUCUUUUAGCCAGACUAAAGGCCAUGAUAAUGUUCCUUAAUGGGCCCAAAUUUAAAAGAGGCUUGGCCCAAUAAGGUAGUGUUUCAGAGAUUCCGCCAUGGAAGGCGGUUGAAGCUACCUAUGAACUUGGGGAAGGAGUAAAAAAAUGUUUCUCUUUUUCAAUCUUUUUUUCUUUCUAAUUGUUUGCAAGUAAAGAUUCCAAAUUUUUUGCGUGAAUCAUUGUGAGAGCAAAGUUGAACUAAUAAAUCAACUCGCCGGAAAAAAUGGAUGAAACGGCGGAAGAGAAGAUGGUGAGAGAGAGAAUUAGAAAGAAAGUUAACGAAGUCAGUUCUGUGUCGCAGUCUCUUCUUUCUCCAAUACAAGACCACAUCAAUUUCACCCUUCAAAAGGCAUACUUCAAAUGUGCAUAUGAGUGCUUUGAUAGGACAAGAACACACGCUGAGAUUAGUCGAUGUGCAGAGAGUUGCAGUGUUCCUAUCACAAAUUCGCAGAACCACUUUGAUAAUGAGAUGUCUGUGUUCCAAGAGAGGUUGAAUAGAUCUCUUGUGGUUUGUCAAGACAAGUUUGAGUCCGCUAAGCUUAAGAAGACGAGAAAUGAAGCUGUAAAUGAUUUGGAGCAUUGCGUAAACCAAACUGUUGAUGAAGCUGUCAAGACUCUGCCUAAUCUCGCCACAAGAAUGAAGAAAGCUUUGUCAAUCACAGACUGAGCUCUCCAAAAACUUUAAAGAGGGACUCCUUCUGAUACGUAGUGAAACUAUAUUUGAUUGAUGUCAACAAACUCAAUACAUCAUAUAUCAAACAGAGAAAUGAAAUUAUUGGUUGAGACUCGAGAGUGAUCAUCUAGGGAAGAUUAGGCUGAUCCUCGGGAGUAGGAACCAUAUGUUGAUCCAGAAGAGUUCUGGAUCAACACUCUAGGUUUUGUUACAAAGAAUAAAAGAACAACUUCAAAAUCA